GGUGCCUUGCAGUGUUGUAAAUCUAAUGCUGACAUCUCUCCAAGAGGACCUAUCUACUUCAAGGGUCAGGCAGCACAGACUUACUCCGGUCGGGGGGGUUACCACACUCCUUUGUAACACAACCCCCUCACAAGCCAGCUUUCUGCAGUUUACAUGGUGAAGCAUGCAUGUGAUUGGUCGAUGUCCACCUUCUUCUUUUUUCUCUUUUUUAACUUGCGUGGCACUUUGCUCAUCUGGAUGUGGUCUGGCUGCCACAAGGGGUGCUUUGUGCACUGCCUCUCAUGAAUAGGGCUGCAGUGGUUGCUGCCAUAGUUCCUACUCUGACAAAGAUUUUUUACAUUGAAAUUUUAAUAGAGCUCAUGGUGGACAGGUUUUACUCUUCUUAGUGUGCUUCACCCAUGAGGUAUGAGGCACAUACUUAUCCUGACGCCAUUCCCUGUUUAAUGUCUGUUUGAGACAUGCUUUUAGAUACACUUUGAGAAAUGCUUGGUUUUGUUUGAUGAGCUGUCCAGCAUGUCUUUGGGGUCAGGGUCAUGGUUCUGGUCUCUCAUAUUUUGUUAUUUGGUGGUUUUCUCCUAUGAGACCUGGCAUCACAAUAUACUGACUGACAGACAGACAGACAUAUCAGUUUCCUUAAUCUCAGUACAUACACCUUAUAUCCAAACUUCUGUCUCCUUGUGUGUGUGUGUGUGUGUGUGUGUGUGUGUGUGUGUGUGUGUGUGUGUGUGUGUGUCUGUGUGUGUGUCUGUGUGUGUGCCAGUUGUGUGUGCAUAUAUGUGUGUGUGUGGUGUAUGUGUGAGGAUAUGAGAGGUGGAGUGUUUCGUCAGGUUUCACCACCAUGCUGCGUCUGAGAUGCAGGGAUGAGAGCGCGGCUGGACGUACACAAGGUCUCUCACUCCUCCUCCAUCAUGCUUGUUUAUGGUCGCUGCUGUUUGUCUCCGCCCCCUCUGGGACAGUGGGUGUGUCACAUAUCACUAACCCCACCUUUACCCAGUUUGCCACGCCCUUUUUUAUUUUCGCUUCAUACUUUCUUACUACUUCUUCUGCUUCUGCUGGUUUCAUCCCCUGGCUGUCAAUCACGACGGGACCGAGGGUCUGGGGGCGUGACCAAUUACAUCCCAGGGGUGUGGCCUGACCCGGGUCUUGAGCAGCGACCGUGGUCCAAGCAGUGGGUGGGGUCGAAGCUGCUGCAGGGCCUCACAAUCGCUGUGGUCCUGGUGGGAAACUCGAGCGAAGUGACUCUGUAUGGAACACGGGACAACAAAGAGGAGUGGAGGGAUCAAGGGAACGAUGGGUUUGUGAACGAAGGGGUAGGGAACGUCGAAGUGGUGCGGAUGAACGAGACAGACCCAAGCAGUAUUAUCAAGAGUGUGUGUGAUCUCAUGACUCAGCACUGGCUUCAGGGAGUUGUGUUUGGCGAUGACACGGACCAGGAGGCCAUCGCCCAAAUCCUCGACUUCAUCUCUGCACAAACACACACACCCAUCCUCGGAGUGAAGGGAGGAUCGUCCAUGAUCAUGGCGGCUAAGGAUGAUAACUCCCUGUUUUUCCAGUUUGGUCCAUCCAUUGAGCAGCAGGCCUCAGUGAUGUUGAACAUUAUGGAGGAAUAUGAUUGGUACAUUUUCUCCAUCGUCACCACCUACUACCCCGGAUACCAGGACUUUGUCACCAAGAUCCGCAGCACUAUUGAGAACAGUUUUGUGGGCUGGGAACUGGAGGAGGUUUUACUGUUGGACAUGUCGGUGGAUGAUGGAGACUCUAAAAUCCAGAACCAGCUGAAGAAGCUCCAGAGUCCUGUCAUCUUGCUCUAUUCAACCAAAGAGGAAGCCAAUAUCAUCUUCGAGGUGGCGCACUCUGUCGGGCUCACAGGAUAUGGAUACACCUGGAUUGUACCAUCCCUGGUGGCGGGGGACGCUGACCACAUUCCUCCAGAGUUCCCUACAGGUAUGAUCAGUGUGUCGUAUGAUGAGUGGGAUUAUGGGUUGGAGGCGCGUGUGCGUGAUGCUGUGGCUGUUAUUGCCACGGCAACAUCAGCCAUGAUGAUGGAUCGUGGACCUCACACUCUUCUGAAGUCUGAGUGUCAUGGAGCUCCAGAAAAGAAGAGCACAGGAAACACUAAUGAAGUGCUCAGGUAUUUGAUGAACGUGACGUUUGAAGGUCGUAACCUGUCGUUCAGUGAGGACGGAUAUCAAAUGCAUCCCAAACUCGUCAUCAUCCUACUGGACAAGAACAGACAGUGGGACAGAGUGGGGAAGUGGGAGAAUGGCUCCCUGUCGAUGAAGUAUCACGUGUGGCCACGGUUCGAGCUGUACUCGGGGGAAGAGAGUCGCCAUGACGACCACCUGUCAAUCGUGACUCUGGAGGAGGCGCCGUUCGUCAUUGUGGAGGACGUCGACCCUCUGAGUGGAACCUGCAUGAGGAACACUGUACCCUGCAGGAAACAGCUGAAAAUAUAUAAUCAGACUGGUGAUUCUGGAUUGUAUAUAAAACGCUGCUGUAAAGGGUUCUGCAUCGACAUUCUGAAGAAGAUUGCCAAGUCUGUAAAGUUCACCUACGACCUUUACCUCGUCACUAAUGGCAAGCAUGGCAAGAAGAUCAAUGGCACCUGGAAUGGCAUGGUGGGGGAGGUGGUGUUGAAAAACGCUCACAUGGCUGUUGGUUCUCUCACUAUAAACGAGGAAAGGUCAGAGGUCAUUGACUUCUCUGUGCCUUUCAUUGAGACUGGAAUCAGUGUCAUGGUCUCCCGUAGCAACGGCACUGUGUCACCAUCAGCAUUUCUGGAGCCCUUCAGUGCAGACGUGUGGGUGAUGAUGUUUGUCAUGCUGCUGCUGGUUUCCGCCAUCGCUGUGUUUGUGUUUGAGUAUUUCAGUCCUGUGGGCUACAACCGCUGCCUCGCCGACGGAAGAGAGCCUGGUGGUCCAUCAUUCACUAUUGGAAAGGCGAUCUGGCUGCUGUGGGGUUUAGUGUUUAACAACUCGGUUCCUGUGCAGAACCCCAGAGGAACUACCAGUAAGAUCAUGGUGUCUGUGUGGGCUUUCUUUGCUGUGAUAUUCCUGGCCAGCUACACUGCCAACCUCGCAGCGUUCAUGAUCCAGGAGGAGUACGUUGACCAGGUCUCAGGCCUCAGUGACAAAAAGUUCCAGAGACCUAAUGACUUCUCUCCUCCGUUUCGGUUUGGGACUGUGCCAAAUGGCAGUACCGAGCGGAAUAUCCGUAAUAACUAUAGGGAGAUGCACUCGUACAUGGUGAAAUUCAACCAGCGCAAUGUGGAUGAAGCUCUGCAAAGCCUGAAAGCUGGGAAGCUGGACGCGUUUAUCUACGACGCUGCCGUGCUGAACUACAUGGCGGGUCGUGACGAAGGCUGCAAGCUGGUGACAAUUGGCUCAGGGAAAGUGUUCGCUUCCACAGGAUAUGGCAUCGCCAUCCAGAAAGACUCAGGCUGGAAGAGACACGUGGAUCUGGCCAUCUUACAGCUGUUCGGAGAUGGAGAUAUGGAGGAGUUCGAGGCACUCUGGCUCACAGGGAUCUGCCACCACGAGAAGAAUGAGGUGAUGAGCAGUCAGCUGGACGUGGAUAACAUGGCGGGUGUGUUCUACAUGCUGGGAGCGGCCAUGGCCCUGUCGCUAAUCACCUUCAUUGCAGAGCACGUCUUCUACUCACACCUGCGCUUCUGCUGCAUGGGAGUGUGCUCUGGAAAACCCGGCCUCACCUUCACCAUCAGCAGGGAAGUGUACAGCUGCAUCCAUGGUGUUGAGAUUGAAACCAAGAGUUCAGCAAUGAAUUCUCCAUCAACCACCAUAAACAACACACACUCCAACAUCCUGCGUCUGCUGCGCACAGCUAAAAACAUGGCAUCCUUGUCUGGGGUAAACGGUUCCCCCCACAGCGCACUGGACUACCUACGCCGUGACUCGUCCGUCUAUGACAUCAGCGAUCAGCGACGUCACUCGGAGUGCCGAGUGCCGUACCUGUCCGAGAACAAUGACAAUAAUGCAUUUAGUGACUAUAUCGAUCAGGUCGAACGCACCUUCGGAAACCUGCACCGCAAUGAGAGUGACCUUUACCUACACCGACGUUCGGGCUCCGUUCCUGGCCCUGCCCCCAGCCUGGGUUCUGGCAGCUCAUUGGAUGGUGCUAUUUUUGACUGCUCCGCCCUCACACACAGGAACAUGAGCAACUUUGACCUGCUGCAGGGACAUACGCCACUUGGACUGCCAGAGCCAUACAGGAAGUUCUCCUUUAAAGGUGGGACUUCGGGAUACAUCCCUGCCUAUGAUCGUUAUGGCGACGGAGACAACAUGUCUGACAUUUCCACUCACACCAUAACCUACGGUAACCUGGAGAGCGACAGUAGAAAGAGAAAGCAGCAUGGGGACAGUCUGAAGAAGCGGCCUGCUUCCGCCAAAUCGCGCCGAGAACUGGACCACGCCCAACUUGGCUACCGACGGAGACAGCACCAUGGGCAUCACCGUCACCAUGGACACCGCUCUGUGUCUCCGCCUCUGUCAGAACACAAAAUGAGAGGAGGAGGUGGAUCUUUGUCCUUCCUGUACCAGGACAAAGAAAGCCUUCGAGACUUUUAUCUGGACCAGUUCCGUCCCAAAGAGGGUGUGCCCCAAUGGGAGCAUGUGGAUUUGACUGAUGGGCCAAGUGGGGGUGGGCCUGGAGGGGGGGCUAAUUGCACUAGCCUGGUGCCUGUAGAUGACUUCCUGAAAAGCAAACCAUCAAAGGUGGAGUCUAAAGUGGGAGGAGGGGAAUGGGAGUGUCGAAAUUGCCAUGCUAGCAGUUCAGGAAGUAAACGAUUGGCACAGCACACAGGGGGUGGGGCUUACGGAGCUGGUGGAAGCAAUAGCUGUGUGGCAUCAGGAGCUGGGGGUGGGGCCAGCCGUCCCACUUCAGCCACAUGUAUGCGUUGCGAUGCUUGUAAGCGUACAGGCAACUUGUACAACAUCAGCGAGGACAGCAAUCAUGUAAUGGAGUCGAUAAGUGGGCGGGGUCAAACACCAUCACAGCGGCGACGAGCGUUUAGCGCGAGACCUUUACGCAGACAGCAUUCUUACGAUGCCUUCAUGGACCUGCACAGGGAUGAUGAAGGGCUCAGUUUGCGGGCAGGGGGAGGAGCUAUGGAUGAUGUAGGUGGGACUUUUCUACCUCCUCGCAGUGUGAGUUUGAAGGAGAAGGAUCGCUGUAUGGAGGGCUCAUUCUCCCAUUUAUUUGAUACCCAGCAGUUUUAUAGCCCCGCCCACCACUCCCUGAGUGCAUUCCGAGGGGAAAGAGACCCUUACUUCCUGUCAAAAUCACUCUAUCCUGAUCACACCAAUCACAAUCCAUUCGUACCAACAUUUGGAGAUGAUCAGUGCCUGCUGCACGGCGCUAAAACGUACUAUACGAAAAAGCAGCAACGUUCUGAUCCGAGGAACCCAGGAAAUCCUUCCGGGAUUUCAUCAUUCCUUCCCUCAUCUCGAUUCACCAAUCAGCACUCGGCUCUCGGGCCGCCACGACCUUUUAAUGGCACCAACGGCCAUGUGUACGAAAAACUCUCCAGCAUCGAGUCAGACGUGUAGAUGCACAACAGGAAGUGAUGGACAGAACAAUAAACAAGCGGGGAGGAUGAAUGGCUUUGACCAAAAGGGCUGAAUGGGGGUGGAGCUGGAGGCGGGGUUAACUGCACCAGCCUGGUGCCUGUAAACAAUGCUGUGUUCCUGCACCAGAGGAAGUGAAGAUUGUGCUACCGAGGAGUGAUUAGACAAGUGGCCAUCUGGAAAUGUGUGAGCGACAAUACAAACGAGAGAGCGAGAGAGAGAGAGAGAGAGAGAGAGAGAGAGGAAAGAUGAUAGAUAAAAUGAUUAUUCACUUUCUCUCUUUCCUCUCCUCUCUCUCUUUUUCCUUUGGGUCAGUAGCGAAUGAGUCGUAUGAAACGCUAACAGGGUAAUAAACAAUAACAACCACAAUAAUGCUACCAAUAACAUUGUGAUUAGCCAGGCUGGUAUACGGAUGUUGCUAACGCUAAUGCUGACGCUGAUGAUGUGUAGAAGUCUAUUAAUUAAUUAAUUUAUCUAUCUAUUUAUUUCUUUGUUUAUUUAUUCUGGUUACAUUUCCAAGUUUCAGCUAUUUUACCAUUCUAAUAUUUAUAGCCGAGGGACAAAAGCCCCCAUGAACACACACACACACACACACACACACACACACACAUACA